CACUAAUUACAAAUAAAGUGAUCAUUAGCAGAAACUGAAUCUCUAGAUCCAGUCCCAGUAUGACUUCAACUAUAUCCCGACCAGGUUACCUUGAGUUCAAGCUGAAAAAUAAGUUUAUUCGGGGAUAAAAUAUCAUAUUAUUCAUCAGUUUGGGCUCGAUACCUCCCGAAAUGAAUUCAAUAUUGCCAGUUCUUGCAAUCGUAUUAACAUUUUUCAGCAUCAAUGGAGGGUUUUGUAUGCACGUGAAAUUAAAAAGAAUGGUUGAGACAUAUCCUACGAAAUAUGAUAAUAUUGAUGUGAAUGCUAUUCUGGCAAGUGAAAGAUUGCUCAAGAAUUACAUGAAUUGUUUGUUGGAUAAAGGAUCUUGCUCUCCCGAGGGAAAAAUAUUGAGACAAUAUCUACCCGAUGCUAUGCAAUCUGAAUGUUCGAGAUGCAGCGAGAAACAGAAAAAAAUUGCUGGAACCGUACUGGCUCACUUGUUGCAGUAUCAUAAGGACUAUUGGCAGCAACUAUUGAAUAAGUAUGAUACGGAUGGUUCAUUUAUCAAGAAGCAUCAGGGCUUUGCACCCGGUGAAGCAGAAGAUUACUCAGAUUUGGAUGAAACAAGAUGAUGCCUAUAUUAGAAUUAAUUAUAAGAAUGUAUAAUCUAGAUUCACGAAAGAGAAUCAGUGAAAUGUUAUGAAACUCAGUAGAUAUUUCGAUGGAAUCUAACAAAAUUGAAUUAUGAAUGAAAUAUAAAAUAAACUCUUCAUUUAUGUGUAAAAUGAGUUCGAAACUAUGAAACAAUUACUCAUU